CCGGGGCCGCGCAGGCGGGCAGCAGGUUAGGCUGCGGCGGUGAGGCGGCGAAGGCGUCGAGGCGGAGGGGAGCCCGGGCGGAGCAGCCCCGCCAUCGCCCAGCCGUCCCGCUCCCUCCCGCUCCUCGCCGAGGGGGCGGCGGGGCCGGGGGGCGGCCUCCCUCCCUUCCCUUCCCUUCCCUUUCUCCCUUCCGGCGGUCCCCGCGGGGCCGCGGCCCAGCACGCCGCCAUGUCGGCGGGCGGGGACUUCGGGAACCCCCUCAGAAAAUUCAAGCUGGUCUUCCUGGGCGAGCAGAGCGUUGGGAAGACAUCCUUGAUCACCAGAUUCAUGUAUGACAGCUUCGACAAUACCUAUCAGGCGACAAUUGGCAUUGACUUUUUAUCAAAAACAAUGUACUUGGAGGAUCGAACAGUUCGGUUGCAAUUGUGGGACACAGCAGGUCAAGAGCGGUUCAGGAGCUUGAUCCCUAGCUACAUUCGUGACUCCACUGUUGCCGUUGUUGUUUAUGAUAUCACAAACGUCAACUCAUUCCAGCAGACCACAAAGUGGAUCGAUGACGUCAGGACGGAACGGGGAAGUGACGUUAUCAUUAUGCUAGUGGGAAAUAAAACAGAUCUUGCCGAUAAGAGGCAAGUGUCUAUUGAAGAGGGAGAGAGGAAAGCCAAAGAGCUGAACGUUAUGUUUAUUGAGACUAGCGCAAAAGCAGGAUACAAUGUAAAGCAGCUCUUCCGACGUGUGGCCGCGGCCUUGCCCGGGAUGGAAAGCUCUCAGGACAAGAGCCGGGAAGACAUGAUCGACAUCAAGCUGGAAAAGCCCCAAGAGCAGCCGGUCAGCGAAGGAGGCUGUUCCUGCUAAUCUUAGUCUCCUGUGCAGCUCCUCUGUCCAGGACGUCACCGCUUCUGCCCCCUACUCUUCAUUGACUGCAGUGUGAAUAUCGGCUUGACCCUCCCUCCCUCCCAGUAAUAACGUGUCGCCAUUCAUCAUUGCUGGCUGUCUCAUGGAGAUGAUCUGUUUGCUUCACAAGCACAAAAAAAAAAAAAAGUGUCUGUGUCUUCAUUAUUUAUAAGAAAAAACAAAAGCCAAAAUAUUCCAGCAUAUUCCAGUGAUAACUUUUAAAAAUAGGUUCGUUUUCUGAACGUCUGUUCCUUUUUUUAAUCUGUUAUGAUGGUGCACUUUGAAACGAUGGAAUCGGAGUAGAUCGAAGUUCGGCUUGGGCGGGGAGCAGCGGCCCCCAAGAAACACUUCCCGGUGGGCGGGAGGUGAGGUGGGCCUUCCCCCUCGCCCCCGUCCCUUUCUAUCUUUUCUCUCUCUUUCUCUCCCACCCUCCCCAACAAACUGGAAAUGGCUAAUGGUUAAUCGUCAGGCAAAACCGGAGCCUCGAGCACCCUCCAGCUCGGGAAAGCGCAGGCCUCUGUGGGGCGAGACCCCGUCCCCGAGCUUUCCCCAGCUGAAACAGGAGGUUCGCCACCAAGACCCCUGGGGGAGCAGGGCGGAUUUAUUUGCGGGAAAGUUCCACUCGCAGCUCUCCGAGCAGUGACUUGAACAAGUGAACCAAAGCGACUCGAGAGAUGCCCCGGUGGAUUUCUGCCCCAGGAAGGUGGCUGCGUUCAGUGCUGACGAGCCCAUGGCAGAACGCUAACUGGUGUUUUCGGUAGCCACCAGGUGAUUUUUUUUUUUCCUUUUAAAGAACGUCCCUGAGGUGGGGUUGAAAAGUCACGAGAGGAGGAUGAUCCCCGUUGAGAUUUUAACAUUGAAACACACCCGCUCCUGGGAAAUAAUCUUAGCAAGAGGCUUUGCGGUGGCACGUAGGCGAGGUGAGGUGACAGCGGAACUCCCCCGGGGUGAUCCGGCAACGCGCGUCACCGCGGACGGAGACGGACCGUCCGUCCGUGGCGACCGCGGAUCCCACCCCCACCCGGGACAGCCUAGCUUCGAACGGGAGAGAAAGGCGAUGCAGACUUCUCGCCUUUUUUUUCCACCCUUUCCUACGUUCUGUCUUCCCGGUCUAUUCUGUCCCCACUAGAUGUGUAGAGUUGGAUGAGAUAACCGGUAACUCUGUUAGUUUUCUAAUUUAACUAAGCUGCGGACUCACCAGUUUCCUUUGGUAUUUAUUUCUGUGCCUUUUACACUUUUUACUUCAUUCGGGUUUUUUAUCGUCUUCUGAGGAAUCUGGGUGGAGCCCGGCCCGCGUCGCAAGCCAACGAGGGCCCGGACCAACACGCGAGGGCCACCUGCCCCGGCCAGGUCGUCGUGAAGGGUUUUGCCGUGUGGGUUAAUCGCAGCGUCCGUUCACGGUCUGCAGGAGGAGAACUGCCGAGUGACAGCGCGGGAAGAUCUCUUCCCGUAUCGCGGUCGCGAGCGUCACCGCGCUCUCCGCGGCAUCAGGGAACGCGGAGCGGCCUCCGUCGCGGGGCCCGCCUCCAGAGAGGGACCCGGCCCGUCCCCCCCCUCCCCCUCCCCCGCCGUCCCCUGGAAAUACGAAGAGGCUUGGAUCCGGCCCCGCUUGGAGGUCGGUUUCGGGCCCGGCGAUUCCCCGACACCGGUAACUUCCGUUAAGAGCCGACUGGGAUGCGAAGUGCUUUUAUAAUGCGAUAUCGUUGUUAAAGGCAAGUUUUUUUGACAUGGCAUGUCCGGAAAUAAAUAUCAGUCAAAUACGA